AAAAUCACCUUCUUCACACCUAUUUCAAAGUGAUAUAAUGGAUGAGAGUUACUAAACUUGACUGCGCUAUUUAAAAGUUUGCAUCGAUGCUUAUGUAUUUUCAGCACCCUUGUGCCGCAUAUAUAAGGUGGAAAGUUCGUCAUUGCAAGCGAGAGCUUCGUCUUUAAACUCCUAGGCGUCGUCGUGGUGUUAGUUUAUUGAAGCAAAACGAACACACGAGAAACCAGAAGACUAACAUUCAUUGGGGCAUGAAUACCUGUUACUCUUCUGGUUUCUCGUUUGUUCGUUUUGCGCCCCCCCCCACCUUAAAAUACGAAUACUACUACUAAUAAUAAAAUAUUUGUAGGACGACCUUAAACAUCACUAACUGCAGUCAGUACUACAGCUCCCAGCAUGCUCAGCAUUCCUCAGGGGCCAAUCUUCCUCCAAGCGUGGCGCGGCCGUUUUUCGCCCGCUAAGGGUUUGAAUGCUGCGCGGUAAAUAUGGCGGGUACCGGAGCUGCUUCCCCGCGGCCGCCAGAACUGCACCAGGACCAGGACCAGGACCUGAACCCGUACCUGAAGGAGCACCGUUUGGCCACUUUCGCACAAUGGCCCUUCGUCUCCGAUUGCAGCUGCACUCCAGACCGGAUGGCAGAAGCAGGAUUCAUUCACUGUCCUAAUGAGAAUGCACCGGAUGUGGUCCAAUGCUUAUUUUGCUGGAAGGAGCUGGAGGGAUGGGAGCCUGAUGAUGAUCCUAUGUGCGUAUCUUGCAAACAAACCAUGUGCAGUGCAAGCAGAUCAAUACUACUACUGCUACUACUAGGAAGAGCACCGAUGCCACUCCCCCAAUUGUCCAUUCCUUGCUCUCCAGAAGGACGUGUGUGACCUGACCGUGCGAGAGUUUUUGAAACUUAGCGAAGAGAGAUUGAAGGGCUUGGUU